UGAAAUAAUUUUGCUCGUAAAUAUAAAUAAACAAAUAUGGCCGAAGAAACUGAUGGAGUUGUAAAACCAAAACCUAGAAAGUCUAGAACAAAGUCAUCAAAAUUGAAGGAUGAAGAAAUAAUUUCUGAUGUUACUGCUAAUGGUUCUAGACUAAGUGUAGAUGAAAUUCUUCAGCAAGCUGUACAGAAAUCAAACAAAGAUUCUUCAACAGACAAAAAGAAGAGGAAGAAGAAAAGCAAACAUCAUGAUGGGGAUAUCGAAAUGUUAGAAUAUUUGAGAAAGGGAGAAGAAAUUGAGAGUUUACAAAAAGAUAAAGACACAGCCAUCCUUGCCAACACAUACGAACCGGAUAAUAGCCCUAAAAAUGAAAAGAGCAACAGAAGAAGGCAGAAACAUAGAGAAAGCAAAAGUGGUACAGAUAACUUGGCCUUUGAUAAAGAUAGCAACAUACAAAUUAUAGAGGAAACAAUUAUCAAGAAAAAGAAAACCAAGAAGAAAAUUAUCAAAGAUGGAAGUGAAUUAGAAAAAGAAUCAUCAAAAAUAAUAACAUUGUCAAAUGCGCAAGAUUUAAAAUCACCAACCGUUGAUGUUAUAUCAACUGCUGAAGGUAUUAUUUCACCAACCAGCCCAGAAGUUAAGAAAAAAACUAAGAAAAAGAAAAAAAAGGAAGAGUCAGAAGAUGAAAUCAUUGAAUCUCCAGCAGAAGUUGUUGAAUCUGUCACAGAACUGAUGGGAGCACAACCAGAAAAAAAGAAAAAAAAGAAAAAGAAACCUGUAGCUAUUGAUUCAGAAGAUACUGUAGUUCAGCAGAAUAAUGAAAUCGCACAAGAGCAGGCAGCGGAAGAAGAAAAAACUGAACCAAAGUUAGAAACACCUAAAAAGAUGAAACGAAAGAAAAAGAAAACCAAAGAGGAAGGAGAAACUACAGCACUAGGUACAGGAGAAGGUAUUGAGGAAGAACAACAACCACUACCUAGAGAAAUACAAGAUGAAGGCAAAAUAUUAGCUGUUACAAUCCAUAGAACAGAUAAAUUAAAGAACAACUUUAAUAUCAUGCAUCCUUUAGUACGAGUUCAUAUUGUUGAUCUAAAUACUGGCAACUAUGUACUUAAGCAACAUAAAGAUAGAGCUAGAUAG